AUGGUCGAAGAUUUUGUAAUCGGCAUUGCAUCAAAACUUGGUGAGUAUCUGAUUGCUCCCAUUGGCCGCCAAUUUGGGUACGUGCUGUUCUACAAGAGUUACGUCAAAGAUCUCAAAAAUGAAGUUAAGGAGUUGGAGACUGCAAGGCAAAGGGUACAGCACGUUGUUGAUGAAGCCGGUUGUAACAGAAAACCUAUUCAAACUGAUGUUGAGGAUUGGCUGGAGAGUGUGAAAAAGGAGGCUAGGGAAGCAGAAAACCUGUUAGAACAUGGCGAAAGUGUAAAAAGUGCUUGCUUCUGUGGGUGGCUUCCCAACCCCGUGGUGCGCCAUCCAAUUGGCAAGAAGGUGAAGAAGAUAACUAAAGUAAUUCAUGGACUCAAUGAGAAAAGCAGAAAUAGUAACUUCCAGAAGGUCUACUAUGAGAAUACUCCGAUAGGAUUUGCCAAUGACACCACUUCCACUGCAAGACCUGUUGAAAAGAAAGAAGAUGGCCUGAAGUCGAGGGCUUUAAUCAUAGAGGAUAUAAUGAAGGCUAUAGCUGAUGACAGGGUGCGUGUGAUUGGGGUUUAUGGAUCAGGAGGGGUUGGCAAGUCCAAACUUUUGGAGGAUGUCGAAAGGCGAGUGAAAGAAGAGAAUCUAUUUGAUGUGGUUGCCAUGGCAAAUGUAUCACGCAAUCCCAAUCUAAAAAGGAUCCAAAAAGAAAUCACCGACGUAUUGGGCCUACACCUGAUGAAUGAGAAAACUGUUCGUGGGAGAGCAUACCGUUUGCGUGAGGCGUUAGGGAGUGAUUCUAAGAAAAAUGUUCUCAUCAUUUUGGAUGAUCUAUGGGAGAAGUUAGAGUUGAAGGAAAUUGGAAUCCCUUGUGGAGAUGAUAAUAAAGUAAGAGGCUGCAAGUUAUUGUUAACAUCUAGAAAUCGAGAUGUUUUGCGUAUUGCCAUGGGCUCUGAUCAAGAAUUCCGACUCGAUGAGUUAAAGCAUGAAGAAGCCCGAAGACUCUUUGAAAGGACAUUGGGGGAAAGAGUUAACGAUCCUGAGUUUGAAACUUGGGUAGAUGGAGUGGUAAGGAAUUGCGGAGGCUUGCCACUUUUGAUUGUUCCGUUGGCAAAAGGAUUGAAGCACAAAGAUUUGGCUGCGUGGAGGAAUGCUUCGACCAAUAUAGACCUAUCAGAUGUCAAAUCACUUGUGAAGCUUAGUUACAAUGACUUAAAAGAUGAAAGGAUUAGAUCAUUGUUCCUGGUUUGUGCACUAACCUCUGGGAGAAUUUCCACAAGGGAUUCGCUUGUGUACUGCAUGGGUUUGGGUUUAUUUAAAAAAUGCAGCAACACCAUCCAAAAAGCUAGAGAUAGGUUGAUUGAGGAUCUACAUACCCUGCAAGACUCUUUGUUGUUACUGGAAAGUGAUGAUAUGGAACGGUUCAAAAUGCAUGACAUAUUUGUUGACGUGGCCAGCUCUAUGCAUGAUGAAUUUAUGGACAUGAAAUGGAUUGCCUUGGUCGGGAGGAAGGAUUACGGGUUUAAAGAAUGGUCCGAGAAUGAGCUUAAAAAAUGCACCGCGAUAUCCUUCCCUUAUGUUGGCAUUGAUGAGCUCCCUAAAAAAUUAGACUGCCCAAACUUGAGGAUGCUUCUGUUAUUCGAAGACAACCCCUCUCUCAAAAUUCAUGAUUCAUUUUUUGAAUCUAUGAAGAAGCUCCAAGUCUUGGACUUGACUGGCUUAUCUUUAACCUCUCUACCUUCAUCGAUUGAGUUCCUUGAAAACCUCAAGUCGCUAUCCCUGGAUUUCUGCCAUUUGGAUGAUGUGACUGUUCUUGGAAAGCUGAAAGGAUUACAGUUCCUAAGUUUCCUAGACUCUACAAUCGCUCGGUUGCCCCCAGAAAUAGGUGGACUAACAGAAUUAAGAUUUUUGGACUUGAGAGAGUGCGCCAGGCUUAAAGUUAUCGAACGUGGCGUGCUUGGAAGCUUGGUUAAUUUAGAAGAACUAUACAUGGAAGACGGUUUUGAUCAGUGGGAGGCCGAGGAUGAACCAUCGCAAAGCAACGCCAGCCUGGCUGAGUUGAAGAGUAUGAAAAAGUUGAGCACUUUAUACAUCAGAAGAAACCAGCAGCUUCAAUGGCGAAAACGGGCCGAUCGGAGCUCCGGCAAGCGGGUGGUUGGCAACCGGUGGCUCCCGGGGUCUUGGGGUCUUGCUGGAGGUUGGGAUGGGCGGAGGAAGGACCCGAAUGGGAGAAAAAUGGCCGAAAACGCGAAACAGUGCAGGCUGCAGGCGGACCGACGGACCGGCGACUGGUUCCUUCCCGGCGGCUCCCAGGCCGGCCGGCGGCUCCGUUCGGGACGAAAUUGGGCUCGUUGGAACGGUCUGUCUCUCCCGGUCACGGUGAUAGGUGGAUCGUUGGCUGAUUCAUCCGGGAAGACCACUUUUGACUCGAUUCUUUGA